GGAGAGAAUAAAUGAAACAGUUUUUGCAACCACAUGUUGCUGAUUGAGCCGCUGCAGCAGCUACCCUUCCUUUCUUGUGGCCGCUGCAUGUGUAGUUUCCAUCACCUGUGGCCACACUCCUAUUUCCUCUACGCCACAGAGCGAGAACAAAAAAGGGGCAUCUGAGAGAGGUGGAGGAGGAGGAUAUCUUUCACGACAAGUGGACUUCUGAUAGAGAGAAAAAGAGAGAGCGAGAGGGAGCUUACUGCAUGCCAAGUUAACGCAAAUGAAAGCAUCCUAAAACCACCACAAUGCCUGGACUCAUUAACAAGGAGAAUCGGGGCGCUCUGCCACUCAGUGUGUCUGACAUCAGUUCCUGUGUCAGGGGUUACACUUUGGCUCUGACAGCUUCUAUGACCUAUGAAAAUAUUGAGGAUCAUGCAAUUGAAGGGAUCUUCAUUUAUCCACUGGAGGAAAAUUCUAUUGUUGUAGGCUUCGAGGCUAUGAUAUCUAGUCAGAUUAUAACACUUCAGAUCAAAGACAAGGCAAAAAUCGACGACUGUUAUCUGGAUUGCUGCGGCACUUCUAAUGGAGCUCUCCAGAGUGGCAGCGGACACAUAGUGAUGGAUGAGGAUUUUGAGAGGACCGUGUUAGUAGUUAACCUUGGGAUCAUCCCUCCCAUGGAGACGGUCCACAUUUUGGUCAGUACCUCCUCUGAGCUUUCCACUCUGCCAAGUGGGGGCAUCAGAGUCUCAUCUCCACCUGUGUGUACGCCCCGGGUGCAGAGGUCCAUCAACGAGGAACAGGGACUGUCCCCAAACUUCUCCAGAACGCGGGACAGACAGACCUCUGCUUCAAGUCCUCAUGACCAAACUCCCAACACACCUCAGCUUUGGUUGGCUUUAUUGCUAGAGGAGGAGGCCAUCAACUCCAUGGACUAUGAGUUUAAUUUCCAGCUUGAGAUACGAGCUCCCUAUCUCCUCGCAGGUGUGGAGAGCCCUUCUCACGCCAUCCGAGCUGAUGCAGAUCCUCUGGCCCGCUCUGCUACCAGCAUUGUAAUCACUCUGGCAGACAAGUACACUUAUGACUACCCGGUCGUAAUCCUCAUCUACCCAAGCGAGCCUCAUGUGCCGCAUGUGCUCAUUGAGAACGGGGACAUGACACAGGAGGAGUAUGAUGAGUAUCUUCACAGCCGGAGUGAUUUCAUCAAGGCCACCAAGAAGGACUCCAGCAAUGAGAGGAAAGUAGAUAUAAUUCACAAGAGACUCCAUAAGGAUAUCCUCCACAACCCUGUGGUUAUGUUGAACUUCUGCCCUGACCUCAAGUCCAUUUGCUCUGACUUGAGGAAGGUUCACGGCGAAUUCAUCUUCCUCAUCGACCGCAGCGGCAGCAUGAGCGGGGUUAACAUCAACCGUGUGAAGGAUGCCAUGGUGGUUAAUCUGAAGAGCCUGGUGCCUGGCUGCGUUUUCAAUGUCGUAGGAUUUGGAUCUACAUUUAAAUCACUAUUCACGACAAGCCAAAGCUACGAGGAGGAUGCCCUGGCCAUUGCUUGCGAGUAUGUUAGAAAGAUAAGAGCUGACAUGGGGGGGACGAACAUCCUGGCACCGCUCACAUGGAUCCUGAGGCAGCCUUUGAUCAGUGGACACCCCCGCCUGCUCUUCCUGCUCACAGACGGUGCUGUCAGUAACACGGGCAAAAUUAUCGAUCUGGUCCGCAGUCAUGCACGCUACAUCAGAUGUUUUACGUUCGGCAUAGGACAGAAUGCUUGCAGGAGGCUGGUGCAGGGGCUGGCGACAGUUUCCAAAGGAACAGCGGAGUUUCUCGCUGACGGAGAAAGGCUUCAGCCCAAGAUGAUAAAGUCCCUGAAGAAAACCAUGUCUCCUGUACUCAGCGACAUUUCCAUCGAAUGGCUCUUUCCUGAAACCAAAGAAGUGCUGCUCUCCCCUGUGGGCAACACUUUUCUGUUUCCAGGGGACAGUCUGAUUGGCUACAGCGUGGUUUGUGAUGCCACCCGCUAUCACGACAACCCCAAAUCUGAUAAGAGGAGGCGAUACAGCAUGAUGCGCUCUGUUGAGUCAGCCAGCUCAGUGUUUUACCACUCUCAAGAAGAGGACCCAGUGAAGACAGCUGGUGACAAUCUGGGUUCACACAGGGAGGGCCAUUCUGGAACUCUGUAUGAUUCCUACCAGGACUCCAUGAUAGACAGCAGCCCUGUCGGCACAGACCAUGACCCCAUGGGUUUAGAUAAGACAUCACCGAGAAGGCGUGCCUAUAGUACCAACCAGAUAUCAGACUACAACCCAGCAAAGAAGGUCUACACUCCCAGUGACUCCAGCUCUGUGGCGGUGAAGAAUCCACUGAGGAGAGCCAAAGUCCAGGAGCUGAUAGGCCAGAUGAGCCCUGAAUAUGAUGCACAGUGGAGGAAUGACUACCAGCCGCAGCUGGCAAGUCUGGGUACCACAUCUACCAGGGGGCGUUCUGCCAGCUGUCACAAGCCGCUCCUUCAACAGGAGCUCUUUCUGCAGCAGGAAGCCGACUCUGAGCAUCAUUUUCAUCCCCAGCCACAGGACGAUCCUCCGCCCAGCGGCGGCAACGUGACGCCUGUGUCUUGCAAUGCUGCCAGGGAAGAUGGAUCCAGAUCUUCCACAGACAGCCCAUCUCUUGGGAGCAUUGGAGACACAGAUGGUUAUGGACACCAGUUGUGCCGAGCAGAAACCCCACAGGAUACCCACGCUGCACAUCUGGAUGCUGCCAACCAGCACAAAGGUGACUGCAAGGCUGUGGUGUCUGGACUGCUGUGCGGAAAACCAAUGAAGUGGGAGGUUGUGUUUGAUAUCGAGCCCUUUCUGAAUGGCCGUGAACGUGAGGAAAAGGUUCACGAGGAGCUGUGGAACGAGACCUUCCACCACCUGGCCGGCCGCUCCAUCAUCAACGACUUUGAGCACAUGGCCGAUAAGGAGUGUGAGAUUGAACACGGGUCUGGCAGGAAGUACCAGUUAUACAGUAUUCACACCAGCAAAGCCUGCAAUAUACUGAGCAAAUACACAGCGUUUGUUCCCAUUGACCUGGACACAAAUGAGUAUUUGCAGACAUGUAUUGAAUACUUAAACCCUGGUGAUGGUCUGAAGAGGAACUCACACUCCAGCUCUCGCUCAGGGAGCAGAAAGAACAGAGGUUACUCCAUCGGGCUUGGCCGCUCUCAGUCUGGCGGCAUGUCGGAGGAAGUCGAAGAUGUCCUGCUGCACAACAGUGGAGAAGACGGCGUCUCUCCGUGCAGCACCCCCUCCUCCGCCGGCUGGGAGAAGUGUAGCUUUGCGGAGGUCUCCCAGAGGAGUCCCUCUGUGACCUCCGACCAAUCACAGAAAUCGGUGGAAAGCCUUUUUUCUGCCAGGCUGGCCCUCAGCAGGACUCGUCUGCUAACUCGAGCUGCCAAAGGAUUCAUGUGUCGAUCUCACAGCAAGUCUGGUGAUUCAAUUGGAGAGAGCGACAACGAGAACAAAGACUACAUUCCUCUGGUGUUGUUGCAGUUGGCUUGUGGUGCAUUUCCCCUGGACGCAGCUCUGUGCGAUGCCAUUAAUGUGCCCAUGGACAAGCUAAAGUGGACGUCCCCCUUCACCAGUCACCGCACCAGCCUGGGCCACUUGUCUCACUCCAGCAGCCGCCGUGCUGAGAGUGCUGAUGAUGGAUGCAGAUCACCGUUUGAGCAAGAAACAUAUCAGCAGCCUGCAGAUCACACCGCAGGCAUUCACAGCCUGUCUCAUCUGUCCAGGAGCACCUGGACGGAUGCUGGUCCCUCCUCGUUAGCCAGCCCAUCUGCCGCUGCCAAUCCCCCGCUCUCCACACUCUCCCGGGUGGAUAGUGCACAGAGCUCUGGGUCAGGGGGCUUGGAAACACCAUCGCCUGUAGAAAGCAUGGUGUGGGCUACAGCGGUGGCCCUUGCCUGGCUGGAGCAUAGCUCUGCCAACUAUUUUAUAGAAUGGGAACUGGUAGCCGCCAAGGCCAGCAUGUGGCUGAGUGAGCAGGACAUCCCAGAGGGCCGAGAUUUAGCAUCAGUGAAGGCUGCUGCCAAUCAGCUCUUCAUCAUCCUCAGACACUGGGAUGAAAACCUGCAACUGAACAUGCUCUGUUACAACCCUAACAGCGUCUGAGGCCUGUCAGUCCAAGACUGCAAGUACUCAAACCCUAACGAUACUAUGCUAACUGAGGCCAUGCUAUUCUCUGAUCAGCAGUUUGUCCUCUGGAGUCUGAUUUUGCGUUGCAGUUGUGAACAAUGUGUGUUUUCUUCUGUUUGUGUGCUGUUCCUCCAAACAUAUCACAGGCUCUUCAGAGGAACUACAGUGUGUGCAAGCUGUUACCUCGCUGGUGCCAUAUGCUGUAUCUGGAUCACUAUUAGCAAUGGAGCUAUCCGAGUUAUGCCACUGAUUUGAGUUUGAAAGAGAAGAAUGCCAGUGUUAAAUUUGUAGCAUGCCAUCAACCAUCAUCAUCUGAGAAAAGCUAUUACUGUCAUCACAUUGAUGUAACAAGGAGAAUGCUGCAAAACUAUGGUAAGAUCAACUGUUCCACUAAUUAGUACACGCCAUUUUUACAACAGUACAACCUUUUCUGAAUUGUUUGGAUUGUGCUGAGGGGAAACAAAUGUUGAAAAUAAUAAUCUGGUUACUUGCCCUCAGUACUGGCACUCUUUUCUAAUGCUCGGUGCCAUUACAUUGUUAGUACUAUUUGCCAUUUUUGCAGUUUAAUUGUA